UGAAAGGACAGGGCACAGUCUUCACCAGUGUUAUAAAUUCAAAGAUGAAACCGUCUCUGACCGGGUCAAGUUUGUGCAAGAAAAUAAGUUGUGCUUUGGCUGUCUGAAGUCUGGCCACCGCUCAAAGGACUGCGAAAACAGAAUGAUCUGCAAAACGUGUGAGAAAAAACACCCGACUUGCCUCCAUGAUAAUCGCACCAAGGAAGGAAGGAGGUCAACAAUGCCUGAUGCAGCAAGAGACAUGUCAAAUGGACGCAAAAUUGAACGGUCACAGGAUAGGGCAACAAGAACCUCACUUGAAGCAACAUCCAAUAGAGUCCUCCAGCAUGUCAAAGGCACUCAUACAUCCACCAUCAUCCCAGUGUGGGUGUCGGCCUCAAGUGAGCCUGAUCGUGAAGUUCUUGUGUAUGCACUUCUUGAUACACAGAGUGACACAACCUUUCUCCUGGACGACACUGCAAAGGCUCUACAUGCGAAGAACGAACCAGUUCAGCUAAAACUCUCAACAAUGGCUUCAAGAAACACUGUUGUGUCCUGUAGGAAACUGACUGGUCUGCAAGUAAGAGGAAUGCAUUCGGACAAGAUAAUUCCCCUGCCAGUGACCUAUACAAGAGAAUUCAUACCUGCAAACAGAGAUCAUAUUCCCACACCAGAGACGGCGAAAGCAUGGCCACAUCUCGAACACAUCGCAGAUGAGAUAGCUCCGCACCAAAGCUGCGACGUAGGCUUGCUAAUUGGCUACAACUGUACUCAAGCACUCGUCCCAAGACAAGUGGUUUCUGGGGAAGAAAAUCAGCCCUUUGCACUGAGAACUGACUUGGGCUGGAGUGUAGUUGGCUACGGCAACCUAUCACUCGACUAUGGAGACGCGAUUGGAGUGAGUCACCAGGUCAUCGUUCAGCAAGUGAUACCAGGUAAUCCAUCCUUUUCAAACCUCACAAGCAAAGUGCACUACGUCUGUAGAACACAAAUCCAGGAAAUUGUCUCGCCUUCAGCUGUCAUCAAGGUGCUGGAAUCUGACUUUGUGGAAAAAGCUUCAGAGGACGGCAACAUAUCUCAAGAAGACCUCAGAUUCCUGUCAAGGAUGGAAAAAGGCAUCAGGCUCAAGGAGGAUGGUCAUUACGAAAUGCCACUGCCAUUCAAGAAAGACAGACCUAACUUACCAGAUAACAAGAUAUGUGCUAUCCACCGUCUCAGAUGCCUAGAAAGGAAGCUGAAGAGAAACAAGCAGUACUACCAAGACUACAAGACCUUCAUGGACGAGACCAUAACCCGUGGAGAUGCAGAAAAGGUCCCACAAGAAGAUAUCAGCAAAGCCCCAGCAUGGUACAUUCCCCACCACGGGGUGUAUCAUCCGCAAAAGCCUGGGAAAAUUCGAGUCGUCUUUGACUGCUCUGCAAGAUUUAAAGAGACAUGCCUGAAUGAUCAUCUCCUGACAGGCCCAGAGUUGACAAACACCUUGAUCGGAGUCCUCUGUCGGUUUCGUCGAGGUCCUGUGGCAAUCAUGUGCGAUAUUGAGCGCAUGUUUCACCAGUUCCACGUGAAUGCAGAAGAUCAAGAUUACCUACGUUUCCUAUGGUGGGAGAAUGGAAAUCUCGAAGCAGAACCCUCCAUCUACCGGAUGAAAGUCCACCUGUUUGGUGCAGCCUCCUCACCUGGCUGCGCCAACUUUGGACUCAAACACCUCGCUGCUGAAGGACGUAGACGCUUCAGUGAAGACACCAUCCGCUUCAUCCAGAAUAAUUUCUAUGUUGAUGAUGGGUUGGCAAGUGUAACAUCUGAAAGGCAAGCGAUCCAACUAGUGAAAGAGGCAAGAGAACUAUGUAGCACAGGCAAACUCCGGCUGCAUAAGUUCAUCUCUACCAGCAAGGAAGUCCUAGCCACAAUCCCUAAAGAGGAAUGUGCUAAAGUUGCCAAGGACUUGGACAUGGCACUCGGAGAGCAACACAUGGAUAGAGCACUCGGUGUUCAGUGGUGCGUGACUUCUGACCAGUUCCAGUUCAGAGUGCUUGUCAAAGAAAAUCCAUUUACCCGAAGAGGAGUCUUGUCCACGGUUGCCUCAGUAUAUGACCCGCUUGGGUUCGUGGCACCCUUCAUCCUGGUUGGAAAGCAGAUACUGCAGCAGAUGUGUCGUGACAAGCUCAGUUGGGAUGACCCCUUGCCUGAUGACCUUCGACCCUUGUGGGAAUAUUGGCUCAAAGACCUGAAAAACCUGGCUGGUGUGAAGAUCCAGAGAUGCUACACUCCACCAAGCUUCAACGUCCAGCACUAUGAGCUCCACCAUUUUUCGGACGCCAGUGUGUCAGGCUACGGAGAGUGCUCAUACCUCAGAGCGGUCAGUACAUCAGGUGAAGUCCACUGUACCUUAGUCAUGGGAAAGUCAAGAGUCACCCCUUCUAAGGUCACGACCAUACCAAGACUAGAGCUGUCAGCAGCAGUGGUAGCUGUCCGCAUCAGUGACCUGCUCAAGAAAGAGCUCGAAGUAGAAUGCCUACAAGAAGUAUUUUGGACUGAUUCUAUGGUUGUACUUGGAUACAUCAGUAAUGAAGCCAGAAGAUUUCAUGUGUUCGUAGCAAACCGUGUAGAACGCAUCAAGCGAAGCACAGAGUCAGCGCAGUGGAGGUAUGUGACUACUGAGGAGAACCCAGCAGAUCACGCCUCAAGAGGUCUCACGGCAGAACAGCUUGUAGCCUCUAACUGGUUCACAGGCCCAGCCUUUCUGUGGCAGAAAGAGCUACCAAGUGGAGAUGUAAAGGUGGGAGAUAUCUCAAUUAGUGACCCAGAGCUCAAGAAGGCCCAGGUUCAUGAUACUCAGGCAAAGGAGGUGAGGUCGCUUUUAGAUCGCCUACACAAGUUCUCAGACUGGUUAAGAGUGGUAAAAGCUAUUGCCAGGCUCCAGCGCCGUGCAAAGGAGGUCAAAGGUCUCAAGCCGAAGUCCUGUGAAGCCAGCAGUCUAGAGGAAAGAAGAGAAGCAGAGAUGACCAUAAUCAAGAUGGUUCAACAUGCAACCCUAUCUCAAGAAGUCCAGUGCCUCCAGCAUCACAAGGAGAUAGGUCGCAAGUCCAAGUUGAACAAGCUAAGUCCAUUCCUGGAUAACAAAGGAAUCAUCAGAGUGGGAGGCCGCUUAACUCAUGCUGCCCUACAUCCACAUGUGAAGCAUCCAGCAGUUCUUACAAAGGACAGUCAUGUGUCAGCAUUGUUGGUCAAGCACUAUCACGAGAGAGUGCACCAUCAGGGCCGAGGAAUGACUAUGAACGAGCUCCGCUCGAAUGGCAUAUGGAUCCUUGGAUGCAGCAAGACAGUGUCAUCCCAUAUUUACAAGUGCACUAAGUGCAGGAAGUUCAGAAGAGGCACUGAACAACAAAAGAUGGCAGACCUCCCGGAAGAUAGGAUGGACACUACUCCUCCGUUCACUUACUGCGGGAUGGACUGCUUUGGACCAUUCCACAUCAAAGAAGGAAGGAAAGAGCUAAAGCGUUACGGGCUAUUACUUACCUGCAUGUGUUCUAGAGCAGUACACAUAGAGAUGCUUGACAGCAUGACCACCGAUGCCUUCAUUAACGCUCUGCGCUCCUUCAUCGCUAUUCGGGGAAUGGUACGGCAGAUAAGAUGUGAUAGAGGGACAAACUUCGCUGGUGCAAGGCGUGAGUUUGAUGAGGCAUUGAGAGAGAUGGAUCAAGAGGAGCUCAAGGAACUGGGAUGUGAGUUCAUCAUGAACACCACAGCUUCAAGUCACAUGGGUGGUGUCUGGGAAAGACAAAUCCGCACCAUCAGGAGUGUUUUGACGUCUAUUCUAGAACAGUCAGCCAAACAACUUGACUGUUCCUCUCUACGAACAUUCUUAUACGAAGUCAUGGCGAUCGUGAAUAGUCGACCUCUGACUACUGAUAACCUGAAUGAUUCAUCUAGUCCAGAGCCUUUGACACCGAACCACAUACUGACCAUGAAGUCUACGAUUAUAUCCCCUCCUCCUGGAAAGUUCGUUAAGGAAGAUAUUUACAUCCGCAAGAGAUGGCGUCGGGUUCAACUCCUAGCCAACAACUUCUGGUCACGAUGGAAGAAGGAGUACCUCUUAAAUCUCCAGCACAGACAGAAGUGGGUCAAAGACUGCAGAAACGCGAAGGUUGAUGACAUCGUUCUACUAAAGGAUGAGCUGACGCCGAGAAACCAGUGGAAGUUAGCUAAGAUUAUCGAAGUCUAUCCCGGGAAGGAUGAGAGAGUAAGGAAGCUCAAGCUGCUCAUCGGCGACUCAACUCUGGAUGUAAUGGGAAGGCGCACCUCCAAGCCGGUUCACCUCGAGAGACCCAUUCAUAAAACAGUCACACUGUUGGAAGCAGACUGAAGACCACAGGGUUUUAAGCCUACUCUGUUUAUUAGUGACCAAAUUUACUUUAUUUGAUGUUUUAUAUGCAGUAUAUGUCCUUAAGAUGUUUAAGUAAUCACAGGUGAUUGGUGGGAGUGUAACUGCCGCACAUUGGCAGUUUGUUUAGUUGGUUAACCUCCCGUUUUUGGUUCCUACUGGUUAUAAUGGCACUGGGGCGGAACUAAUUGCCGCCGUCAUAUGUUUCCUACACCACACCUUUAAGCGACGUACCUAGCCAAACAGCGCGAAAGAAGCAGCACAAUCAAUAAGCUAUAAAUUAAAGUUAAAAGUAAAAGCACAUAAGAAGAAGAAGAAAAAACUAUAAAGGACAAGCAAUAAGAUAAGAUUCCCUCAAGUAGUAAGCAGUGGACGAGUUCUCACGGGUUGGUUCGACCUGGAAAUAAAACCCCGUUUUCUAACAAAGA